CAACACCACCUGAAAACUCAACAUAUCAAAUAUGCUGUUCAUAUCAUCAAUGGGGAUGAAAGAGCUUUCAUUAUGCCUUGUAGAAGAGAUUGUAUGAAGCGAGGAACAAGUGCUUUGACCAGGAGUCACUAUCAUUGUCCCUCCUGUGAAAAAAUAUUUGGACGGAGAAAUUCUAUGAUUGACCACAGGAGGCUUACUAAGAAUUGUUUGGGUGUGAUUGAAAGUGAAGAAGUCAGGGAUAUGGACAUAGAUUCUAAAAACAAAAGUUCAGAAAGUCUAUGUGAAGGUACUUUCAACUUUCAAUGCAUACCUUGUGACAAGCGCUUUAGGCAUCAGUCGUCAUUGAGGCGACAUGCUCAACUUAAACACAAUGCAACUCAGCUUUUACCGAGCGUAUGUGUUGACACAUUCAAUGGAAUCUAUAUGGUUGCUCAAAGUGAUUCUGGCCCACUUGCUCCAAUUCAUGUUCAAAAGCACACAUUGAAACAAAAAAUUAUGUGCACUGAUGACGACUGUAUUUCAAUUAUCAAAGCCAUUUCAACAGUCAAUCCAGGAAUCCAAUGUCGACAUUUGGACUCUAUCUCUGAAUCUUCAAUUUUAACGACAAACAAACUGCAACUGUCAUCGCUAAACCGACUAAGGGAAUUUAAUAUAUUGAAUGAUUCGUCGGUUCAAUGGUGCAAAAAUAUGAAGGAAAUCAGUGAAAAGGAUUGCUGCACUCUUGUAGCCCUUGUUGAUUUUUCAACAAUGGGUUUCGAAACAAGAACAAUCUAUUUUUCCGUUUACACUGAAAAAAUUCAAUAUUUUGCACCAUUGAAGAGGGUAAGAGUUUCUUUCAAUAAAGAUAAUGGGGAAUUUUCGUGCCUUUGUCCAACCUCGGGCAUGAGUUCGACAUGUUACCAUGAGGCUGUAGCGAAGUGGUGUUUAUUGGAGCAACAACCUGAAUGGAUCAAGCGCCCUUCCAGUAUUUGUCAUACACUGACUGAUAAUAUGGACUAUAUGAUGAAGUAUUUUUUAACAAAAAAAGAAUUCCAGCUGAAAUACCUCAGCGUCUUUUGCGUGACAUUUCUCCUCCGCUUUUGCUGACUCCCUCUGAACAAAAAUGUCUUAAGUGCAACGAGGAUUUAUGCAUCAAGAAUAAAAAACGAACAGUAGCAUAUGGAAUGGGCCACAUUUGGAAAACAACUGAAUUAUUCAUCAAGGAAUGUGCUGAAUGUGGAAUGGAAGUUAGAUAUCAUAAAUAUGAAGAAGAUCUUCAGUUUGCUCUAUGGACACUACCAAUUUCCUUUGGCUUUCGCGAGUUAGCAUUAACCUGCGUAAUAAAGACAUAAACUCAAGAUAUGAAAAAAAAAUGAAGACUCAAUUUGGAAAUAAAAUUCGGAGGAAUCAUGAAGGAAUUGCUAUACCAGAUGUUAAAGGUAACGUUUUGGAUGGAACCAGUGGAUCGGUCACAGAGGUUUGAAAAUUUAGGAAGAAUUACUCAUCGACGAAGAUGAUGAAGCUAUGAAUGAGGUAGUUGCCAACCCUGAAGACAAUGUGUACUCUGAAAAUAUACAGAGUGGAAUGACUACUGGAACAGUGUCACAAUAUCAAGAAGAUCAGACAUUUUGUUCAGCAAAAAUGAAAUCAACUUCAUGCAGUGAUGGUAAUAUUUAUGACUCCGAGAAUAAAGAUAGUGAUGAAUCAAGAAAAUGUCUUUUUCUGCCUGCCAAAUUUAAUGACAUACAGAAAUUAUGGAAGUCAACUCAUAGGAAUAGGAUUGAGUGUGUAGUUGGAGAUACAAAGAAAGGGCUAGACAAGGAGUGUAUGUGCCUUCUUGAGGGUGACAGCUAUCUUGAUGAUAAAAUAAUAGAUGGAAUAAUUGCAGCUCUUUGUCAUAAGUGGACCAGUCAUACUCAAUAUAGCGCUCUGUCUGCAUUAUAUUCCACAAUGUGGUUUUGGGAGGGGAUUUAUCGUCGAAAGUACAAAAGUUUGGCCAAGUUGACUAUUGAAAAACCAACUAUGAGUGCUGUGAACCAUGGCAAUCACUGGACUCUAAUGAUUACAGAUCCAUCUCAAGGGAGUGUCACUAUUUAUGACCCUGUUGGCCAUGAAGAGAGUUAUGCUGAAACGCUGAUGGAGAAUUGGAGGAAAUUUUGGAAAUACCAUGGAGGUGACAAAAGAGAUUGGAGACUGUUAACAAACAAGCAUAGUGAACAAGAAGAUGGGUUUAAUUGUGGAAUUUUGGUUGUGAAGGCUGCCGAAGCAAUCUUAACAGGUUGUACAACGGAUUUCAAUCAUUCGACAGGCAUCUGUAAAGUCUACAGAAUCCAUUUUGGAGACCUUCUGUUGGAAGCCACAGAUGUUGAUGAGCUGGCACACUUUUGUGUGGGCUGUAAUGGCAGGACUGCCCCUGAUGGUGGCACACUUUGGGUCGAAUGUGAUGGAUGCGAAAGGUGGUGCCACCAAUAUUGCGCAGAUUUUGCGGGUAACGAAGAGUUUUUCUGUGAACACUGCACAUAAAACUUUUUUGUGUAAUUUUCUUUAAUAAAAUUUAAUAACAUGCACAAUGUCAUACUUCU